GCGCGGCAGCUGCGGGGCGUGGGGGCGGUGGCGGCGACGGCCGAGGCCGAGACCGAGGCGGCGGAGGCUGAGGCGAAGGCGGCGGCUCCUUACCCGGUGACGGUGCUCCGCCGGACCCCUUUCCGGGCCCCAUGGAGGCGGCGGCGGGCGGGGGCUGCGGCUCCGGGCCGCCGCUGCUACUGAGCGAGGGCGAGCAGCAGUGCUACUCCGAGCUCUUCGCGCGUUGCGCCGGCGCCGCAGGCGGGGGCCCCGGCUCCGGGCCCCCUGAGGCCGCCAGGGCCGUCCCCGGAGCGGUCACCGCAGCCGCGGGCCCCGUGGCCGACCUGUUCCGGGCGUCGCAGCUGCCCGCCGAGACGUUGCACCAGAUCACAGAACUGUGUGGUGCAAAGCGGGUUGGUUGGUUUGGUCCAACACAGUUUUACAUUGCCUUAAAACUGAUUGCUGCAGCACAGUCUGGCCUCCCUGUACGGCUAGAGAGUCUUAAAUGUGAACUGCCACUGCCUCGCUUUAUGAUGUCAAAGACUGAUGCUGACAUACGAUUCGGGAACCCGGCGGAACUGCAUGGCGCUAAGGUUCAGAUUCCAUAUUUAAUCACAGAAAAAAAUACCUUCAAAAGAAUGGACGAUGAGGAUAAACAGCAGGAAACACAGUCUCCCACGAUGUCACCCCUCGCCUCCCCUCCUUCUUCCCCGCCUCAUUACCAGAGGGUGCCCUUGAGCCAUGGCUACAGCAAACUGCGGAGCAGCACAGAGCAGAUGCAUCCAGCUCCUUACGAAGCUAGACAGCCCCUUGUCCAGCCUGAAGGACCCUCGUCGGGGGCCCCAGGAGCCAAGCCCCCUCGGCAUCAGGCUUCCCUUAUUCGGUCCUUUUCCGUGGAGAGAGAACCGCAUGAUAACAACAGUAAUUACCCAGAUGAACCCUGGCGGAUAACAGAAGAACAGCGCGAGUACUAUGUCAAUCAGUUCCGAUCCCUUCAGCCUGACCCGAGUUCCUUCAUUUCAGGUUCUGUGGCCAAGAACUUCUUCACCAAAUCAAAGCUUUCCAUUCCAGAACUCUCCUACAUAUGGGAACUUAGUGAUGCUGACUGCGAUGGAGCCCUGACCCUGCCUGAGUUCUGUGCUGCAUUUCAUCUCAUUGUGGCUCGGAAAAACGGUUACCCACUACCCGAGGGCCUGCCUCCGACUCUGCAGCCAGAGUACCUGCAAGCAGCCUUUCCUAAGCCCAAGCGGGAGUGCACACUAUUUGAUUCUUAUUCUGAGUCAAUGCCUGCAAACCAACAACCCCGUGACUUGAAUCGGAUGGAGAAGCUAUCUAUUAAAGACAUGGCUGACUUUCCUGUCCCAGCCCAAGAUGUGACUAGUGAUGACAAACAAGAACAAAACAAAACACGUCUAGAACAAAACAAAAUACGUCUAGCUUUGAAAAGUACUGCGGAUGAAGCCUUACCAAAGGAUAUGUCUGAGGAUCCAGCCACUUCUAAGGAUUCCAACAGUCUCAAAGCAAGACCAAGAUCCAGAUCUUACUCUAGCACCUCCAUAGAAGAGGCCAUGAAAAGGGGCGAGGACCCUCCUACCCCGCCACCGCGGCCACAGAAAACCCAUUCCAGAGCCUCCUCCUUGGAUCUGAAUAAAGUCUUCCAGCCCAGUGUGCCAGCUACUAAGUCAGGAUUGUUACCUCCACCACCUGCGCUCCCUCCAAGACCUUGUCCAUCACAGAUGAGGAAAUUGAAGCAUACAGGGUUAAGCAAGUCAGCCAAGAUUUCCCAUCACAAUGUAAACAGUGAGUGCAGUGCUCAGCCCAAGCCUCCAACUCAGCUGCCUAACUUUGGAGAUUUCAGACUACAGAAACAGUCUGAACAAGCAUCUGAGGCUGAAAUACACCCCCAGCUGAACAGAGCCCCCUCUCAAGCUGCAGACAGUAGUCCAACAAAGAAGGACAUACCAUAUUCUCAGCCUCCAUCAAAGCCCAUCCGAAGGAAAUUACGACCUGAAAACCCAGCUCCAGAAAGCCAAGAGCCUUCUAGCACUGUUGGUGGGGCAGCGUUGGCAGUGACCGGGAAACCCCACACAGCAGUCCAGAAACAGUCUUCCAAACAGAAGAAGGCCAUUCAGACUGCUAUCCGCAAAAAUAAAGAGGCAAAUGCAGUGCUGGCCCGGCUGAACAGUGAACUUCAACAGCAGCUCAAGGACUGCCAUAACAAAGUACUACAACCUUGGUGGCUGAAAGUACCAGAAAUCACUUCUCACAACUCUGGCGGCUAGAAGUCUGAAAUCAAGGAGGUUCAUCAAGAACGGAUUGCGUUGGAAAACCAAUUGGAACAACUUCGUCCAGUCACUGUGUUGUAACCCCCAAGACUCAAGUAACAGUGGGUGACUUUUUCUGCCAAGAUCUUUCCUUUGAAUGUUUCAACCCAACUACUUGUCAUAGGUGUCCAAGACUGUGUGAAAAGCUGCGAGCAGCGGAAUAUAAUCCAUAUUUCCUUUUCUCUUGUACUUCACUUGUAUGUUUUACUCUGGUGGAAAAAAUACAACUGAUUCUCACACUUGAAAUUAUAGUUUCAGUGGAAUUUAUCUCCCAUUCUUAAGUACUUCCUCAAGUUGUUAGAUGUUGCUCCUUACCAAAAACCAAUCUUCUAGCAAUUAAAAACAAUUUAGAGCAUUAUUUAUUUAAAGAAUUUAUGAUUUGUAUAAAACCUCAUAGCCAAUACCUUCAGGAUGCUUGUUUUAUUUUUGUAUGUAUAUCAAAUACAGUAGCUUGGUUUCCUGAAUAAUUGGGAUUCCAACUGGAUAGUCUUUGGCAUGAUGAUAAUAAAAGCAAAAACUAAAACAAGAGCAUCAGAUUUAGACAGGCUCCGUGCCCUCCGCCACCAUAUGCCAAAAAUUGCUUCUCUAGUGCCAUUUUGACAUUGUAUCUAGCUAUAAAUAAUACAUAACUAUUGUUUUCUGUUAAAUGGCAGAGACUUAUUGGGUCUUUGCACCUCUGUAAAGUGGAAGUUUUGUCAAUGAUCUAUUUAACUUGGCCCAGUUAGGCCUUCAACUCACAGAAUUCAGUCCUUUCAUGUAAAUUUUUGGGUAAGAGCAAUCCACUUUAACCGCCUCACUCGAUCAAAUUAAAUAAAUAGUUGCCAGAUCGCUACUUUUAUCCUGCAUGGGAUAACAUGUUUGUAAAUGCAUGAAUUUGGAAACUACACAUCAGAUGUGAAAGGCUGAAGAGACUGUUUGGACUGUUAAAUAUUUGUUGCUUGAACCCAGGUAUUCACCCUGGAGAAGAAGGGGAAAUGGUUGUUACCAGCAAUCCAACAACUCUGGUAGUUAUUUUUGUCUUUGUUAUUUUAACCUGGAUUGUGAUUGUAUUGAGUAUAAAGGACUAAUGAAAGAAAACCGAUCUUCACUCUGGAUAUACAACUGUUUGUUCUCUGUGAAGUGUACCCUUGGGAAGUGAUUGGUUUAUGUACCGUCCAGUGGAGCCCAGCUGACUCCAGUGUAUGUGAUGUAAAACCAUGAGCUCAAAUUGCCGAAGCCAGUAUCCUGUGGAAGUUUUGAUCACCCACUGCUCCUGAAAGCUCAAGUUGAAUAUGGGAAGUGACUGACCCCCACAGGGAUCAGGGCAUGCCCGCUUUCACAUCACUUUGAGAGACUGAUUACAAGAAAUGCUCUCUUUCUCUCUCUCUCUCUCUCUCUCUCUCUCUCUCUCUCGUGUAUUUUGCUAAUUUACCCAUUCUUAGAGUAGAGGUGUGGGGUGUGCCUGGGGUCCUUUUUGAGGUGGUUUAGGAUAGGUUUGCAGUGUGGGAUUAAGCCUUCAGUUUCAGUAGAGUUGACAGCUUUUAGAAUAAGGAGGUGUUUAUUUAAUGCUUCCUUAGUUUAUUUGCAAGCUUUAUCAAUAGCUUAAUGGCAGAAGAGAAAGGCUCAAUCAGAUGAUGUUUUCCCAAAGAAAAACAAAUUGUUGAUUCUAUCCUGUGCAUAUUAAAAGAUUUUGAAUUGAUUUGAUUUUGAAAAUCCCAGAACUUAAACUAUUUCUCUAUUCCCCCUUUCUUUCCCUUUUGGGUAGCCUUUUCUGUCCCUCUGGGAGGGGUUUGGAGUCAUUUUAAACCCUUCCUAAGAUUAUGAAUGGGCAGUGCAGAUUUUUGACGUAACCUCUUUUCCCAUGUCCUGAGAUCGAGGGGCUAAAGCUAUUUUUAUCAGCAAUGUCCUUGCUGCAGACAUUCCACAGCAUGCUUAGCUUUUGUUACAUUCCGCCCGGGAAAGAACAGCGUGUGCGCUCCAUCUCCUCAUCUUCCAGUACCUGUGCGCUCCCUCGAGAUAGCACUGCAUGUCCAGUAAGGAGGCAUAUGAGCUCAGGAAUGUUAGUCUUUAGUAUACAUUUAAAAAAAAUAUUGAUAUGUUUUCCCCCCAUCAAGUCAGUGCCAGAGUGAGACAAAUUAGGAGGUUGGGGUUUUGUUUAGCUGGCUUGGUCUUCACUAAAGGACCAAACUCACAUUGGACAGUUAAAGUCCCAUGAGUUGCAUAGUUUCACCGAUAUUUUGAGAUGAGCAUUGCAUUAAAGCACACAUCAAUGUCUAUACUCAGCUUUCUUUUUUUUUUACAUUUUAAAAUUUUAUUAUGUUAAUCCCCAUACAUUACAUCAUUAGUUUUUGAUGUAGUGUUCCAUGAUUCAUUGUUUACAUAUAACAUCCAGUGCUCCAUGCAAUACGUGCCCUCCUUGACUGCACUUAACAGUGACCAUAGUGUAUUAGUUGCUUAGAAGUGGGUUAAAAAAAAAAACCAAUAUACACUAUUAUUAUUACCUGACUAGUGCUCUUCUUCCAUGUCUCUGUUUUCUCAGAAUGUGCACUUUUAAUUUAGGAUUAUAGCUCCUGUAUGUUUCUGUGAGCCUUCAAUGUGAUUUACAGGAAGGCUGGGACUGAAAUCACCAUUAUAGAAGUUCUAUAAAACUUCUCCAAAACUAGACCCACUCGUUGGGCAGAAUUCAGUGGACAUAAUGUCGAUGUUGCCCCCAUCUGUGGGGGCUUCAUAAACUUGUUAAGUGGUCUUCCUCUAAAGGGGUCCUAUAGUCCCAUGAUGAAAGCACAGUAGGAAUUGAUAGCGGGCUAAUGGGGUACCUCAGUGUCUCUUGUAAGUGGUGUAUUACUUCUGCCACAUCCCUGUCCAGCAGACAUGAAGUACAACCAAGAGGUAGAUUUCUGGAAUGGAGAUGCUGUUGUAAUCAAGGCAGAUACUUGCACUUGUUUCAGUUGGAAAGAUCUAACUGCUUUAUAAAUACUAGGCAAGUGCUUUGGGCCUGGUUGGGAGGGGAGACAUCUUAGCUGGAAGCUAUGCCCAUUUUACUCUCCUUGGAGAAGAGGAUGUCAGAGCUGAGAGCACUUGUACCCGUCCCCUGCAGUUUGCUUGUGGGGAAACCAAGGCCAUCAGAAACUACAUUUUCUAGCCCAAGAAUCUGUAGAGAGAUAACUACUGGCAGAGUUGGAAUGCCAGCUGAUCUUACAGAUUCUGAGUCAAGUCCUCUAGCCUCUAGCAAUACUAAAAAUAGAUUAGGAGGGUUUCUUCUGUUUACCAUGUUGAACUUUAUUUACUUAGUCUUCAAGUAUGAAAACAUGUUUCAGUGAGUUUUAGAUCUAGAUAUUUCUCUUGGAUUGAAGCAAAAAAUAAAAUCUGAAGGGAAGAAUAUGAUUGAACUAUUUGUUCUUCUGAACACCUCACCUUUCAUGAUGCAAUAAAUUACUCCAAGUUUCUUGGCAGAACUUUUGACAGUUGUUGCUUUGAAUGGAUUCCAUUCCUGGAUUCCUUACGGGGGUUUGUUUUUCAAAUAGACUCCUGCGAUGGAAAUGAACUCAAUAUGUAGUAAGUUACGGUUUUCUUCGAUAUAUCUUUAGUUAUGUGGGUUGCAAAUGUUCGAUUUCAGCAUAUUUCAGGGGGAGUAAUCAAAAACAUGCAUUUUUCUUUGAUUUCCUACCAGUGUCUGAACUAUCAUAAAGCAUUCUUCUCUUAAUAUGUGACUUGAUUCUAUAGUCUCUUUAUAAAUGAUAAUUUGUCUAUUUCUUAAAUGAUCUCUCAACCAUGGUAAUAAUAGAUUUGUACUCAGAAGAUUAAUAAGAAAAUCGAAUGGGUGUUUUUCUUGCAAUUAAGACAGACAUUUGCAAAUGUCUUCUUCUAAGCAGUAGUUGGAAAGAUCUGUUACAGUAUAACACCUUACAGCUGAAAACAUUUGUUCAACACAAACUACAAUCACACCUCCUGACUAAACAUCACAAAAAGAAUGUGAUUUUGAAAGUAUAAAAAAAAAGAAUUCCCAAUAUCAUAGCAACCAGAUCUUCCCAUAUUAUUGACAAGUAAGACUUAGUAGCUUGUGGUUUAAACAUUAUGAACAAAAUGUAAUAUCAGUUAGAAAAAGGAAGGUCUCUUUCUCCUCUAGUUAAAUAAAUAGAACACUAGUGACUUUGGUUUCUCUUUCCAACUGGCUUAUUCUGUUGCAAGUGUACUCUUUUGAAAACUCUGAUUUCAGAGGAUCUCUUGAAUUUACACUUUAGUGAUGGGUGUUUUGUUAUGUUCUUUUUUUGCAUCAUGACUUAGUGUAAUUCAAGUUCCUAGUAGAAGUGGGGAUUUGGGUUUUUGGAAUUCUGAGGUGGCAUCUCCUCUUUUGGCACAGGCUGAAGGCUACUGCCCACCAAUGCCAACAGCUCAGUCACUGAUGGCAGUUUGCGUGUGAGUCUUACUCUGUGCGCCACCCCACUUUGCCUGUUUGCAGUGAGAAAUGCAUCUAGUUUUAUGACCCUCCCUAGAGCAGCUGUAAGAACAGACAUGGAGGACAGACUUUAAAAGCAGCACAGAGUCUAAGAGCUGCUGCCUUCCUCAAAAAUAGGCGUUCAGAGGUUGCCUUACAGGUGUUCCCUGAAACAGCCAGUCUGUUAAUGUGAGCAAGGGAUGCUGAGUACACAAUUGCUUUUAGGCUUAGAUAGUUACUGUCUACAUUUGCUAACCUACAUGAUGAUGAAGGCAGGGUUUCAACUGAGAGGACUUGUUCUAGUUACAGAAGACUUGCUGUGUUCUUAACAAUUGGAAAAUGUUUAUUUUUUUGUGUUUUGUGAGUUCUCCUGUCUUGCUCUAAUUUAAGUUCAUGGCUGUGGGAAGUUGGAGAAAAUGGGCUUAAGACUCUGAAGACCAGAGGACAAGGGACUUUCAAGAGGGCUUGUAUUGGGAUUUGAGGGCCACACUAGGGAAAUUCAGCGACCAGUUACGUCCUGCUAAAGUACUCUGUUGGACAACAGGACUGGAUCCUGAAGGUCCUUCACAGAGCUCUGCCCUCAAGAGCGGUGCAGUUGGAUGCAAGCACCCCAUCAUAGGGCGAUUGAAUCAGCUGAGUUUUGUUGUUUUUGUUUUGUCUUAAGGCAACUUGUAUGAGGAAUUCACCUGUACCUAUCUUGGGAACCGGGUGUACCCUUUUCUUUAGCACUGCCAUUCUUUUUGUCUUCAUCGCAAAUAUGUUCAAGAAAGCCAGAGGCAGGAAGGGCCAUUUUGGUCUUCAUUACAGUGGGCCAGGAGAGAGAAUGAGGUGAUGGUCUAUUUUAACCUUGAGAGUAAAAGUGUAUAUUUUUUCACUACAGGUACAUUGAACAGUAAAAUGAGUAACAGCAAAGUAUAUAUUUGAUGCCUUCUGUCUUUUCAUAAUGUGCUAACAAGUUGUGUUAAUAUUUUACUUAGCCAGAGUCUUACACAUUUGCUAGGCCUUGGGAACAUUAUGUAUAUUGAUCUUAAACAUAAAUAUAGGGUGACCUAUAUUGGAUUGUGACUUGUAGAUGCUAACCUUACUGCCUCUUUUUCACACUUGUUGGAAAGUCUGUGAAGAACAUAGUAGAUUAAAAAUCUCCAACUUUGGAAAAUGUACACGAUGUGAAACUGAGGUGCUAUGUUAAAAAUAAAUGUAUGACAACUAA